CAGCUGCAGGAUCACAGGAUACCCUAAGAGCAAUUUGCCUUUUCCUUAGAGCAGGGAAACAGCUCUGAUUCAGAGGAACUAGAAGCCACUCCCUUGGUGGUGGGGAGAGAACUGGGAACUAUUUUCUAGGGAACUGUGGAAUGUGCUCUUGGGGACCCAAGAAAACAAAAGGAAGAUGCUCCAGACCAGUAACUACAGCCUGGUGCUUUCCCUGCAGUUCCUGCUACUGUCCUAUGACCUCUUUGUCAAUUCCUUCUCUGAGCUGCUUCGAAUGGCUCCUGUCAUCCAGCUGGUGCUUUUCAUCAUCCAGGAUAUUGCAAUCCUCUUCAACAUCAUCAUCAUUUUCCUCAUGUUCUUCAACACCUUCGUCUUCCAGGCUGGCCUGGUCAACCUCCUGUUCCAUAAGUUCAAAGGGACCAUCAUCCUAACAGCUGUGUACUUAGCUCUCAGCAUCUCCCUUCAUGUUUGGGUCAUGAAUUUACGAUGGAAAAACUCUAACAGCUUUGUUUGGACAGAUGGACUUCAAACACUGUUUGUAUUCCAAAGACUAGCGGCAGUGCUGUACUGUUACUUCUACAAACGGACAGCUGUGAGACUGGGUGACCCUCGCUUCUACCAGGACUCUUUAUGGCUGCGUAAGGAGUUUAUGCAAGUCCGAAGGUGACCUCUUCUUGUCACACAGAUGGAUGUCUUUCCUUCCUGAUAGAAGCUACGUUGCUGCUGUGUUGGGAGGCUUGUCCUUAUGCACCAGGAAGCAGCUGAAUUUUCCUAGGAGGCCUCAGGCCAGUUGCAUUCAGCAUUCAAGAAGGGAGAUCCUACCUCUUGCCAGUUACAGCGUUCCCUAACAGACUCCAACACAUACUCCAUCUCUCACCUCUCACCUCAGUUCUACCCACUUCCUUCCCUUCCUGCUCCACACUGUCUAUUCUCUCUGACCUUUCUUUCUUACAGCAGGCUCUGUGGCUCUUACCCUUACGAAGCUUUUCAGUUAGCCUGGGACAGGAGGAUCUCCAGCCCCCACUUUCCUUGUACCAGAACAAGUGACUGAAGGAUGUGACGGUGAUAGCUAUGUGCUUCUGACUGAUCACACCUUAGACAUUUAUACUUUAUACCUGAGGUAGUCUUUUUUUACAUUUUAUAAAUAGGAAAUAAAUUUCUUUUUUCCAUAAAUGGUAGAGUCUGUCUGUCUAGCUAGAUCUCAUCAUGGUUAAGAGGCAUGCCAUGUCCUAGCUUCAGCCUCUACUUGACCCAUGACCACAGAUUAAAUACAGAUAUUUAUUGAGUCUCAUUAUGAGUAUAAGGUAAUUGGCAGAAAUUCAAGAUGUACUCUGAACUCCACCCCCCUCAACCCUGGAGUUCCAGACCAAUAUGCUUCAUUCAAACUCUUCCUAUUAGAAGCCUAAACUGCCUUCAAAAGGGUAAAAAUACUCCUUAGCCUGUUUGAGCAGAAGAA